ACUGCAUCUGUGGUGAGAUCGAUAGUGCUGGUUACAUAACACCGUGCUGUUUGGACCGACGUCCCAUCGGUUCAAUCAAUGUCUUUUUUGGAGUGCGACACCGCUGUCUGAAUUCAUCAUAUGACUGUGCUCGCUCCCGUCGGCGCCUCGUGAGCGCGCGUGCCACAGAGAGAGUAAUGUAGCGCAGACACGGUUGGUUAACUCUUUGUACCGACUAGAAGCUGCACCGACCGGUGCCGGACAAAUGAUCUGACCUUCAGCGAACCGGAGGCUUGAUCUCUACCAUUCAGCCGUUUUCAACACACCACACCGGACUAAUAUCGGAACGUUUUACCGCGUCUGCUCGUUUUCUGUCGUAAACACAUUUUUAUUUGUUAGCGAGAGGUGGCCACGUCCUUGAUUUUUCUGGCCUCGCGGUUUGGAAAAACCUAACACAUUCUGAGUGGUUGUACCCAGGAAUGGAUACUGGAGUUGUCACUGAAAAGAAAAGGGUGAGCUCGGAGCGCAGGAAGGAGAAGUCCAGGGAUGCAGCACGAUCUCGCAGGGGAAAGGAGUCCGAGGUGUUCUACGAGUUAGCAAACCAGCUCCCCCUGCCACACAAUGUCACCUCCCACCUGGACAAAGCCUCCAUCAUGAGGCUGACCAUCAGCUAUCUGCGCAUGAGGAAGCUGCUCAACUCUGAUGAAUCAGAGAAGGAGAAUGAGGUGGAGAGUCAGCUGAACAGCUUUUAUCUGAAGGCCCUGGAGGGUUUCCUCAUGGUCCUGUCUGAAGAUGGAGACAUGGUUUAUCUCUCUGAGAAUGUCAACAAGAGCAUGGGACUCUCACAGUUUGAUCUGACUGGUCACAGCAUCUUUGAAUUUUCACACCCAUGUGACCAUGAGGAGCUGAGAGAGAUGCUGGUCCACAGGACAGGAUCCAAAAAGACCAAGGAACAAAACACAGAGCGCAGCUUCUUCCUGCGCAUGAAGUGCACACUCACUAGCAGAGGUCGCACUGUCAAUAUCAAGUCUGCUACGUGGAAGGUUCUUCACUGCACUGGUCAUGUGCGUGUGCAGGAGUGCGGCGAGGUUUCGGGAGACUCUGGCUUUAAAGAGCCUCCUCUGACCUACCUUGUGCUCAUCUGUGAGCCCAUUCCUCAUCCCUCGAACAUCGAGGUGCCUCUGGACAGCAAGACCUUCCUUAGCCGCCACACUCUGGACAUGAAGUUUUCGUACUGUGAUGAAAGGAUCACAGAGCUGAUGGGAUAUGAGCCAGAUGAUCUGCUGAACAGGUCUGUGUACGAAUACUAUCAUGCCCUGGAUUCAGAUCACCUUACCAAGACACAUCACAACUUGUUUGCAAAGGGCCAGGCCACCACAGGCCAGUACCGCAUGCUGGCUAAGAAAGGUGGUUUUGUGUGGGUGGAGACUCAGGCCACCGUUAUCUACAACCCCAAGAAUUCUCAGCCACAGUGCAUUGUGUGCGUCAACUAUGUUCUCAGUGGCAUUGUGGAGGGGGAUGUUGUCCUGUCCUUGCAGCAGAACAUGACUGAGCCCAAGGCUGAGGAGAAAGAGAACCAGAAGAUGGAAGAUGAGGCCUCUGAGGUGGACAUACUCAAACUCUUCAAGCCAGAAAGCCUCAAGUGUCCCAUGAAGAGCCCUGACCUGUAUGAGAAGCUGAAAGAGGAGCCCGAGGCUCUCAAUGUGUUGGCACCUUCUGCAGGAGACACCAUCAUCUCUCUGGACUUCAACAACUCAGAUUCUGACAUGCAGCUGCUGAAGGAGGUGCCCCUCUACAAUGAUGUCAUGCUGCCCUCCAGCAGCGAGAAGCUGCCCAUCAGUCUGUCUCCUCUGACGCCCACCGACUCCGCCCCAGUUCUGACCAAACUAGACACCGGAGCGGAGGACUUCCCUUUCAGCUCUGCCUCUGAUCGUGGUCCAGACUCCACAAACACACCUUCCACAUCUGGACUGGGCUCCUCGGGGCCUAACAGUCCCAUGGAUUACUGUUUCCAAGUAGACUCAGACAUCAAUUCUGAAUUCAAACUGGACCUGGUUGAGAAACUGUUUGCUAUCGAUACCGAGGCAAAGACCCCUUUUAGCUCCCAGGACAUGGAGGAUCUUGACCUAGAGAUGCUGGCUCCAUACAUCCCAAUGGAUGAUGACUUCCAGCUGCGCAUCCCCUCUCCGCUGGAUCCGCUCCCCUCUGGCCCUCACUCUGUGUCAGCCAUGAGCUCCCUGUUCCAGCCCUUAUCCUCCCCUGCAUCUCCAGCCUCUUCCUCCAGCAGCACAGUGAAACAGGAGCCGUCAUCUCAGGGCCCUUCGCCCUUGCACCUGCUGCAGGAGGUGUGCAAUGCCCCUGUCUCACCCUUCAGUGGCAGUCGGGACGUUUCCCCUGCUCGGUCCUCCACCCCACAGAACAGCAAUCAGCUCAACAAGAGAGAGCUGUCUCCAAAGAUGUUGGCUAUCCAGAACGCCCAACGCAAGAGGAAGCUGGAGGAAGUGACAUCACUUUCUGAGGCUGUUGGACUGAGUGCUUUACUUCAGAGUGUGGACAGUGCUAUAGAGCCUGGAAAGAGGGCAAAGGUUUUAGAGCUUAAAGGAUCGAGUGUGCUUGGAGGAAACAAAACCAUUCUCAUACUGCCCUCUGAUGUGGCCAGUCGUCUGUUGUGCAGUUCUUUAGAGAGCUGCAGUGGGCUGCCUCAGCUAACACGUUACGACUGCGAAGUCAACGCUCCCGUGCAGGACCGCCAUCAUCUGCUGCAGGGAGAGGAGCUCCUGCGUGCUCUGGACCAAGUCAACUGAGCUUUGCUGUGUUUAGCAAUUCCAAACACUGCAUCUCUCUUGCCCCUUGACCCCUGCCCGCCCGAUCCCUGAAAUCUGCCUCCACUUGUCUGCUUUUAUUCCAAGCCCUAAUAUUCUCUAUAAACCCCAGUAUUUAAAAAAUGUACUAGAUAACCUGCACCUUCCAUUGAUCUCGCUAGUGAGCCCAGAGGGAGUACAUCCAUCCCAGUGCGUAGAGGGCCUGGAGACAGACGAGCGUAAUGUAACUUAACAGUGGCAUCAACCAGACAAGAGUUAAGAGCCUUAAUGUGAAAUGCACAUUGACGCACAGAUGCUGAUGCGUAACAAUCUCCCACACUCCCUCUGGAUUCCCUGCUUUUACCUAAAAACCCUCCAUUGUGUUUUAUGCCCCUCCCCAAAGUGUGUGUAUUGUAGCUACAGUCGCACAAUGAUCUAUUUUCUUAAGACAGAAUACCAGCAGUCCAUGCAAUAUACGAAACCAUUUUUACGAAUAUGUACUUUUAAUGAAAGAUUGAACAAUUUAUUUUUUCUCUUCUCUCUUCUGAGUUUUGUUGUGUAACGGUUACGCGAGAGUUCUUUGUGUGCACUCACAGGCUCAACGUCUGGUCGAUGUUUGUGAGUGUUGCUUUCUUAUUUGCUUACAUCACUUUAAGUUUUCUCUUGAACAUCACAGAUAAAUUGUAAAAAAGCCAUUGAAAGUAACGAUGGAGAUUGUGCAAAAAAGGGAAUUCAAAAUCAUGCUGUGGUUUUCUCAUUAUGGUUUUUGUCUCAAAGAGAUUAAAACAGAUUUAUAGUUUAAUUAUGCAAUAGAUUUUUAUAUUUUUAGUGGUCAUUGUUUCUCUGUUUAGUUCUCUUUGUGGUAGAUGCUUAUGGUAAUUCAUGCUUGUGAGAUAUCAUAGCUGGUAACCAUUUUCUUUUUCUGCUUCAUGAGCUGUUUUAGAUCAUGCAAAGCUGAUGUAUCAUUUACAUCCCAGUUUUAUAAGUAUUUAUAAUGGCAUUAGAACAUGAAUGCGUAGUUUUAAGUAAGACGAAACUUUUUUUCAUCAUGCUUUCAAUGGAAUGUCAGCCUGUUGACAAAGUCCUGCAAGUAUUUUAUGACCUUUUAUCCCGUUUUUCAAUAGACAUUUUCUUUUAUGUUAUUGUAAGUCUCAUUUAUCUCUACAGUCUCCAGUCUUUUCCUUUAUUCUUAACACUAAAUGUUUUGUUUAUUGCAUAAUCAGUAAAAGACAAUUGUGGACCAGAA